AUGUUGAUAGGCGCAUCUUUUUGGAUCGCGAGUGCCUCGAUUUCCACCACCGGCGGCGAUGUCACGACAACGACACGUGGGCUGGAAGGUCGGGAGGCUGCUGAAGUCUCAGCAGGGGCUGAGAGCGCUGAAGGGGCUGAUGAAGGGCCUCUGAAUGCCACGCGACUCGUGCUCGUCUUCAUCGCACUGGCCAUCGAUCUUUUCGGCAGUUUUGUCCCGCUGGUACUCUUCCGCAAUGGGAGAUCUCACGAGAACCCUGCAGCCCGUGGCCUCGGCCGCUUCUUUGAAUUUUAUCCCGCCAUCAACAUCGAGCACAAGGUCGAACGCACCAACGCUUUCAUCUCUCUUGUAUUCGGGUACUCGGUUGUAGGAGUCAUGUUCCAGAACGCCGGUGUCUUCCCGCUCAACUCCUUCCUCGGCAAGGCCAUCUUGGGUCUCAUGCAGGCCGCCGUGUUCAACUGGCUCUACUUUGAGGUUGACGGCAACAACAUUCGCACACAUGCCAUCCGCAGAACCGUGGUCUGGCAAUGGGCCCAUUUCGUCUUAAGCAUGGCUUUUAUUCUUGCCGCUGCCGCCCUGAGCAAGAUGGUGCUCUUGACCGACUGCCCGAAUGCCCCCUUGGACGGCUUGACUGCGCUGUAUCAAGGCCGCUCCGGGGACGCCAUGUCGCUGGGGCUGCGUCUCUACUAUUGUGCUGGCUUGGGCAUCGCGCUCGCCUGCAUGGGUUUCAUCUCGUUGAGCCAUGAGUACAGGGAGCCCAUCGGGUUCUGCCGGUUUCCCAAAUGGGUCCGACUCGCCAACCGCUUCGGUGUCAGUGUCAUCUUCAUGUGCUUGCCGGCUGCAGGGAGCGGCGAGCCUGAACUCCCUGAGUCUGGUAGCAAUCACUACCUGCCUCUGCGUGUGGACGCUCUUCUUCGAGCUUUGGGCAAAAUCGGUCGCCUCGACGCUGCAACCAAGGACAACGGCGAGAUCGACUUCGUUGCACUGGGGCGGUCAGAGAAGACAGCUACCGACACGGUGGCUUAG